AUGUCAUCGUACCGAGUAGGACACGCCCCGGACGCUUCAGGCUUGUAUAAAUACUCCGUACUGAUACAUGACACGUCAGAUUCAAUCCGUCUCUAUAACACAACACUUGUUAAAAUGGCAUUCAAGUUCGUCGUCCUUGCUUGUUUGAUGGCCGCCGUCAGUGCUGGCGUAGUUCCAGUGGCUCCCUUAUCUUACGCCGCCCCAGCUUACCACGCUGCGCCUGUGGCUUAUGCCGCGGCGCCUGUGGCCAAGUUGGCAUACGCUGCGCCUGUUGCGAAGGUCGCAGCCGUAGCGCCCGUGGCCAAGUUGGCUGUUGAAGAAUACGACGUGAAUCCUCAAUACAGCUACGCCUAUGAGGUCCAGGACAGUCUGACCGGUGACUCCAAGAGCCAACACGAGAGUCGUGACGGUGAUGUCGUCCAAGGCUCCUACUCCGUCGUCGACCCUGAUGGUACCAAGCGCACUGUUGACUACACUGCUGAUCCUCACAACGGAUUCAAUGCUGUAGUCCGGAAGGAAGCCAUCGGCGUGAAAGUAGCAGCUCCUGUAGUAGCUAAGGUAGCACCUGUUGUACACGCCGCUCCUCUUGUACACGCUGCUCCUCUUGUACACGCCGCUCCUGUUGUACACGCCGCUCCUGUGUCCUACGCCGCCGCCCCAGUGUAUCAUUCUGCCCCUGUAGUACACGCUGCUCCCGUUGCCUACUCCGCUCCUCUAUAUCACCCCUGA